CUUGAAGUCGAUUUUAAUCAAAGUCAACUUUUCAAAGAAUUUCGACCAAUCGUAAAUUUAGUCUUCUUUCCCCUUCCGCUCGGGCGAUCCCCCACUCAAUCGCGUCUCACGGUCCUCGAUAUUCUCUCUCGCGCGCUUUACUAACUCUACUCUCUAUACUUUGUAUAUCAUACAAACGAUACCAUCGCCACAGUGCACCGCACAUUUUUAGGUUAUAUUAGGUUAGGUUGAACCGUACGCGCGUACAUUACACGAAAGGAUAUCGGAAAGAGCCACCUUUAAUUACGAUAAAGACAAUGAAAGAUACAAUUAAUUCCAUACAAUAUGUCUAACGACAAGGCCAGACAAAUAGAAGUAAACAACGAAAUUAUUUUAUUAAGACAAUUUGUUCGUCAAGCUCGUAUCUGCGUGAUAAGUAAAUUAGUUAGAGAAGCUAAAAAGUUGCGUGCCCUCCGCGGUAACGAAAAACAAUUGGAGAGAAAUAAAAACAAAGCGGAUAAACUUUUGAAGGAAGUUUUCGCUUUGAAAGACAUUAAAGAUGACGAGAUAUCAAAAUUUGGAAUUAUUAAUUCCGAUAAUUUACAGGAUAUGUUAGAAAAUCCAGGUACAGACGAUGGAACUAAAGCCAUGAUCAAAAUUGCGCGUUACAAGCAUUUAAACGAGAAGAUAUUGAAAUUCAAGGAGAAGUUUCCCGAUUACAGAGAGUUUGUUCGCCAAAGGAAAAACAGAGAUUCGACGAAAAGGAAAGGAAGAAGUAAUUCCGUAGGUAAUAUCCCGAAAGCGAAUCGAUUACGAAACGAUACGAAUACCGUGGGAGUUGCCGCGUACAAGGAGAAGAGGAAAAAGAGGGAAAAGAGGGAUACGCGUACCGUCACCGAAGCGAAUCAUUUCGAACGCGCGGUUUUUCCACAAAACGAAAACGACGACGAUAACGAUAACGGGCAAGCUUCUAACGAACUAUCCGACGAAUCGUUGCCACUGAGGAAGAAGCUGGAAGGAAAAGAAUCGAAAUUGGUCGUUAAAGUGAUAAGCAAGGAGGCCGCUGUCAAAAGAUUCGUCGAAGUGUUAGGAGAAACAGAUACGAAGGAGGAAAGUAACGAACGCGAAGAGAAAGACGUUCGGCGAUCUUCGAACGACGCGGUGGAGCGUAGUAAAAGAAUCGAUGACUUUUUCCUAAGCUUCGACGAAGCCGGCUCAAACGAUGCGGUAUCCUUCGUAGAGGGAAACGAUAAUCGUCGUGUUUCCGAGCUCGAUCCUCGAGCGUUCGAAGCAGUUCGCGUAAAAAGCAAGGAUGGGAAAUUCUAUAAAGAUAAUAGGGAAAGACGAGAGAACGGUAGGAAAGCAUGGACGGACGGUAAUAACGAUAUUUCUCGUGGGCCGAGUACUAAAAACGUAACGCGAUCCGACGAAAAAGAAGAUACACGAUUCCAGAGAACGUCGAGAUUUCCAAAGAGAAACAUCGAGAAUACGAUAGAGACAAAAGACGAAAACCUGCAUCCCUCGUGGGCCGCAAGAAAGAAACAACAGGAGAUGAUGAAGCAAGCUUUUCAAGGAAAAAAGAUCAAAUUCGACGAAUAUUAAAAAAAAAAACAUGUUGUCCGCUUUAUCAAAGCGGUUUCGUUAUCCAUUAUCAAAGUAAAAUAAGUAAGUCGUGUCUAAUGGACAUAAUCGUGUGUAAAUAAAAGAGAGAAGAAAGGGUAGGACGGUUAUAACGUAGAAAGGUUCAUUUUCGCCGAGGCCGCAAUGCUCUUGUUCUCGAAUUCGAAUCGUUCAUUCGCGUACAUAUAAACAUAAUAGUCGAAAAGAGGAAAAAAUGCGAGAAAGUAAUUACCCUGUUUCGUUUCGUUUGAAUUUUUAAUCGUAACUCGAAAUCGUACAAAACUGGUAGGAUCAUUUACAAGGUUGCUCGUACAUACACUUUAAAGGUGCUACUACUCGAUCGAGCAUUAUCCGCGUCCAGCGCUCGAAUAGAAUUUCGACGAAAUAAUCGUCGUACCAUGCAGAUAUUCGGGUAAUCUACGCGACAUCGUUUCGUUCCAAUCGUCACACGAUACAGUCUUAGAUUGUUCGGCGAUCGUCGUCGAACAACUGCCCGCGAACGGACGAGCUCGCAGAAUUCGCCAGUCGAUCAUAACUGAUUUAGUAUUGAAUCGUUUUAAUCGUGAUAAUUAGUAUUUGAAAUUCUAAAGCGUUAACAUACAUUUACAUAUACAACGGUGAACAUACUUAGCAGGCAAGACGAAACUCGAUUUAUCGAUUUCGAAGAUUUCUCUCGUGAAAUUCGCGAUACGUCGCAGAGAGCGUAACAGAUAUUGAUUUUUUUUUUUUGUUAAAUCUCCAAAUAAAUGAUGCAGGAUACGAAUAAAUGUCGAAUCAGUGAA